AUGCUAGAAGGCAUUAUUGACGCUGAUCUUGCAUGCGAGCUGUUGGAGCUUUACUUUGUCGAGCCUGGCGGAUCCUUGUUUCGAUGUUCCUCACCCUAUGUCCUCGUUCACGUCCUGAGAAAAGAGUCUCUCCUCCGAUCUACUAACCCUCGAAGAUCUACACCAGCACUGUUGGUCACGAUGCUCUGGGUCAGCGCGCAAACAGUUGAGAGCUCAUUGUUUCUGCUGCCAGGUCAAAAGUCGCGCGUUUGUGAAGGGUUGAGAAAGUUGAUGAUGGGUUUGAUCCAGGAUAGAGAUCGUGACCUCUGGAAUAGGACUACUGACGGGCCUCUGGUUAAGGACUUCAAGUUUCCUGCCUCGGCUGAUGCCACAUUUGGCAGCUUGCAUCAGACAAACCCACACGACUACGACUAUCAGUUCUCAUCCACUUCAGCAUCUCCGCCUAUGCCCCUGAUAGAUGAUGUCCUCAUGUUCGUCCUCCUUACCAUCGUGGUUUCGGGCGGUGACUUCAAGACGGACUGCAUCAGGUGGUGGAACAAGGCACUGCGUCUGUCCAACAACAUGUGCCUGAACCGAGAAGACACUCCCGAAGACAAGCCGUCGGGAGCAGGGUCAACUAUGUGUACAGGGGGCAAGACGAACACGCCAUGUGUGUGUAGACCCUGUGAGGCGGCGCGUACGGGGCUGUCAAUACCGGAAAUACAAGAAGAGCGUCGACGGGUGUUUUGGCUGAUCUUCUGUCUCGAUCGGCACUUGGCUCUCGCCUUCAAUGCGCCCUUACGCAUUCUUGAUGACGAGUGCCAAUUAUACGCACCUCUGUCAGACCAGGCUUGGGAGUCACUGUCGGUUUCAGGAAAUUCUACAAUUGCAAGCGAUAACCCGAUAGCUGUUGAUGACUCGCAACAGCAGCAACAGCAUCCAGGACGCGGUUUCGGGGCCCCAACACGAGUUUCAGGAAUCAGUUUCUUCGAGUACUUUUUACCCCUCAUGACAAUUCUAGGCGAUGUUAUCCAGCUGCACCGUCAAAAAUGCCAUCCCAGAUUUGGCAAUAUGCGGCAGUCAACGAACAACACGAACGGCGGUAUCGGAGGAGAACAGCAACAUGAUAACGAAGAUGAACAUGGCACGGCCACGGCCAUGAUUGAGCAGAUCAUGGCUGAUUGUGCGCAGAGCAUUGCUGACUUGGCCGACUUGUACCAAGUUGAUGCCCUCGACGGCGCGACGAUCCCAUCCAGUCAAGUCCGCACUCCAAGCACCGUGAAUUCCUCCCAAUACGACGAGACAUUUCAACUUGCGCACAACGCCCGCCGUGAUAACAACGACGCUCGCCACCACUCCAAUACUACUGCAUAUCACAGUCGGCGAGCACCAUCCCACCGCCAGCAUGCACAGGCAGAGCUCGUCACUGCAUAUAGCACUUUCAUCCUCCACGUCCUUCACGUUCUUCUGCACGGAAAAUGGGAUGCAGUCUCGAUGUUGGAUAACAAAGACGGAUGGAUCCCUUCUGUAGGAUUUAUGAAGUGUGCUUCACAUGCUAUAGCCGCGUCAGAUGCCAUGUCACGUAUCUUGGCCUGCGACCCAGAGCUAUCGUUCAUGCCAUAUCUAUUUGGCAUCUACUUGCUACAUGGAAGCUUUAUUUUACUCUUAUUUGCCGAUCGUAUGCCUCAACUUGGUCCCAAUGAGGCUGUUGAGAAGGCGUGCGAGAUUAUUAUACGGGCCCAUGAGGUUUGUGUGGUCACGUUGAGCACCGAGUUUCAGAAACGCUUCCGCAAGGUUCUUCGUUCAACAUUAUACAGCGUACAGAGUCCCGGGACUUCCCAUGUGGAGGAGAGCAAAGCACGCCGACGAGUUCUGUUGUUAUAUAGGUGGAAUAAUGGAUCUACUGGUCUGGCAUUAUAG